ACAACUUCACCAGAAAAAUUAUCGAUAUCACGUUGGAUCACUUUUCCCGGCUAGAAAAAAAAGACUCCUUUUAAUUAAUUUUAAUAAAUUUUAAAAAGUGUUUUAAAAUCAGUGUAAAUUAAUUAUAGAAACUAAUUAUUUACAUAUUCUAAUGAUUGGCGCUUGAAUUUGUAAACAAAAAAAAAAAAAAAUAGUUGCUCAAUGUUUUUGCAUUUCUCAUUUUUAUUGUACGCUAGUUGGUGUGGAGUGGAAUUAAAUUGUAUAAUACACCAUAUCCACAUAUAGGUGGCGCAAAAGUGUGAAUUAAAAUAGAACAAGUUCUUUGAUUGGUCGAACCAUAUUUUAAAGAUUUUUCUUCUAUCGUGCAAAGAUUUAAUAAUUUUUAAUUAAAUUUAAUACUAAAAUAUAAUUUUAAAUAUUUUUAAAAAAUUAUAAAAAUCCAUAAAAACUCACAAACAAUAGUGAUUAAUUGUAAAAUUCUAAAAUAAAAAUUUCCCACAAAGCAAUUAAAGAAAAAAAUGGCGGAAUCAAUUUUAACCAAUUGCAACGAAGCUUGUAUUUGACUCGUAGACGACAGAACGGCGGUCAUUUUUUCGUGUUGAAAUUUUACAUUGAAAGUUUAAAGAAUAAGCAACAUAAUUUAAAAAUCAAAACAAAAAAAAAAAAAAAACUGAUAUGUAAUUUAAGGUAUAAACAAUAAACAAAAUUUUUCAUUUCAUCUGCAAGAUAACACCGCGAUUUGCUGCAACCAAAUGCAAUCCAACUCUCCAAUGAUGUCAACAGACUCAAACUUUUAAAACAUUAUUUUGUAUACACUUUUUGUUGGGGGAGAUUUUUUUUUUGAGUAAAUUUUAAGUAAAAAAAAAAAGUAUUUUCAUUAUGACUGGAAGAGGGACUCGCAAAAGGGGCAGGCCACCAAAAACGCCAAAUGAUCGAAGUAAUAAGUUUAGUUAUCAAUUGUUGAAGAAACCCAAGUAUUUAACAAAGACGAAGCCAGAAUCUCAGUUUAGUACUCCGUCGGCAUCGAGGGCUUCGUCGCCACCGGAGAGCGAUACAAGUCGGAGGAGUUUGAAUCGUUCCCAGCAGCAGCCAAAGGUGAAGGCGACUCGUGGUCGAGGAAGACGUUCGGGUUAUAGUCAAGCAUCGCAAUCGACAUCGUUCUCCAGAAAAGGUUAUGAGUCCGAAUAUCAUUAUGGUUCAGACUUUGGAGAUUCCACAGAUAAAAGCGAUGUAGAUGACGACCCAUUAAUCAUGUCCCCAUCAGAGGAAGAAAGUGUCGGAGGAGACAAUGUUAGCGAAGAUGAAUUUUCCGAAUGUAGUUUUGGUCAAAGUGGCUUAGGUCGACCAUCUCGUCCGCCCAGUCCCGAUCCAAUCUGGUUACAAGAUCGAGAAGUUGAAACACUGGAUCUUCCAAAAUCAUCUGAUGACUUGCUCAUAUCCAACGCAUUAUCCCUACGAGCUGUACAAAUUUUCGAAGUCUUACGCCGAUUUCGUCACAUAGUUCGUAUAUCGCCAUUUCGUAUUGAAGAUUUUUGCGCUGCAUUAAUGUGCGAAGAACAAAGUUCUUUAUUCGUAGAAAUUCACAUAAUGCUAUUGAAGGCUAUAUUACGCGAAGAAGACAUUCAAAGUACACACUUUGGUCCGCUCGAUCAAAAGGACAGUGUCAAUAUAAGUUUAUUUUUAAUAGACAAUAUAACAUGGCCAGAAGUUUUACGAAGUUAUGUGGAGAGUGAUUCCAUAUUCGAUCGUACUGUUCAUGAUAUAUUAGAAUCAAAAGAAUAUCCACACUCGGGUGUGGAAGAUAGAUUAACCGUUUUGCAAUUCCUUACCGACCAAUUGCUCUACACCACUGCAGUGCGUGAUGUUAUGCUUCAGGAAGGCCCCAUACAUUAUGAUGAUCAUUGUCGUGUUUGCCAUCGUUUGGGAGAUCUGCUAUGUUGUGAAACUUGCCCGGCUGUCUUCCAUUUAGAAUGUGUCGAUCCGCCUCUAGUUGAUGUGCCCACAGAAGAUUGGCAAUGUAAUCUCUGUCAAUCACACAAAGUAUCUGGCACAGUUGAUUGUGUUUUGCCACAAGAAAAACAAGGUGUCCUCAUACGUCACGAUUCAUUAGGCUUGGAUCGACAUGGCCGAAAAUAUUGGUUUGUAGCGCGUCGAAUUUUUGUUGAAAAUCAAAAUGGAACCGAAAUUUGGUAUUACACCACACCGCCACAAUUGGAAUUACUAUUAUCUUCCUUGGAUGCAACUGAUUUAGAAGCAGGUCUUUGUAAGGAGAUAAACGACAAAAAAGAAGAAAUCACCAGACAGAUGAAACUCACAGAAAAACUAACUAACGAAAAUAAAUUAAACAAAAAGUCCUACAUUGAUUUUGAAAAUGAUAAAAUCAAUCAGAUUUUAAAUAAAUCUGCAACAGAAAAUGAAGAUGCCGAAAUGAAAGAAGAUGAACCUGCUGCACAGCAGGAUGUGCGAGUAAUAACUAGGCAAAAACAAAAUCAAAUAAACACUGGAACAUUGUAUUUUAAAUUGGGCAUGGAGAAUGGUUUUAAAUCCUAUGUCAAUCAGUAUACAGUCAAUCCGAUUGCUUUGAAUAAACCUCAACGAAAUGAGGAACGUGACAAACGAAGGCAUCUCUCUCAUAAAUUCUCCCUAACCACAGCAUCCGAAUUUAAAUGGUUAGGCAAUUCCAAUGGAACAGCGACAAAUGUUUUGAAUACACUGAGACAAACUCUAAUGAGUUUCGAACAAAAUAUAGCUUCGUCAUUUAUGAUUACCAAUUGGAGUACAAUUCGAAAAAUUUGGAUCACAUCGGUGCAUAAUUCGACAAAACCAUCUGAUUUUUCGUAUGUCCUUUUAUUGCUGCAAGCUUGCUUUAAAUCGGUUAUCUUUGCAAAUGUAUGGCAUGAACAAUUGGGUCAUAUUAAAUUCCAUCGAACAACCUCGGCUGAACGAGAAGAAAGAAAAAAGAUUGAAAAGCGAGAAAAACGAGAACGUGACGAUGAAGAGGAAAGAAAUCGAUUAGCUUAUAAUUAUGUUAAGUAUUCGCUAGGCUUGAAACAUCAAGUUUGGAAACAAAAAGGCGAAGAAUAUCGCAUCCAUGGCCAAUGGGGUUGGAUAUGGAUGUCAUAUUUCCGACAAGCUCAACGUAAUCGUCGUUUCUGUGAGAAGAAUUGUGUCAGUAAAGUGACACUACACAUUACUACAAACAAUGACGAGCAUAAAAUCAUCACUGUUGACCCACGAACAUAUAAUUUCUUAAAACAAUGCGAACGAUCAGCACAGAAAGGCCUCGAUUAUGGUUAUAUUGAAGAUUUCAAACACAUUAAAAUUGUCGAAUUCAAUGGUAGUGAAAAUAUUGAUGUUAUCGAUGUUUCCAAAUCCCUUACAGCUACAGGUCGAUUAUUUUACCCGAAAAUUGGAAGAAAAAGUAAAUUGGAUGAUUUGCUAUCGAAGAGAAUACUUCUGAAAGAAGCCGAAGAGCAAAAGAUGUCUAAUGUUAACAAAGUUGAAGAUUUGCCAAUGCCAUCGAAAUCCGAGAUUACACAAGCAACUAAUAGUAAAAAGGAAUCAAUAUUAGAGCGACAAAUUCUUCGUUUAGUUGAACAAAAACAUAAUUCACAAUCGAAUAGUGUUAAUCUAGAAUUAGUUAAUACAUUGGCGAAAAAAAUCCAAUCGGUUCGAUUACAAUUUAGUCUGUUAAAUAAAUUUGCCAAGCAAUAUCGUUGUUAUACAAAAGAUUGCAAUACAAAUUCUAAUGCAGUUUCUCAGAUAACAGCAAACACUUGCUAUUCGCCAUUAUGCUUGCAAAAAGCUAGAGCGAAGAAAGAAUUGCUUCUGUUAUUGAGAAAAGCCCAUACAGCUGGUAAUGGUUCGAAAGAAACAGUAGCAGCAAUUUUGGGUGCUGUAAAGAAGCCCUCAAUUUUGGAACAAAAAUUAAUGGAAGGCAAGGGCAAAGAUCCACAUGUGGGAGGUGGUAAUGGAAUAGAUGAUUUAGAUGAUAAGUCAUUUGAUGAAUGUCCAAUUGAUUUGAAACAAGAUUUUCAAGUUGCCUUUGACAAUGCUAUAAACUAUGAAGAUCAUUUGCUUACAUCAAAUUAUACUCCGCUGCAUGUAAAGCAGGAGGAAACUGAUAUUAAAAGUGAAUUAUGUGACGAUGAGGCGGGAGGAGAAGCCAAAUCAACAAACAAUCAAGAUGAAUUUGGUGGUCCAUCAAAGAAUCUUGAUGAAGAUGGUUGUUUGGGCGCUGCUGGAGCAGAUAAUUUUGUUGAUAAUUUGGAUGUUUGUAGUAAUGUUGAAGUCGAAAGUACAGAUGCGGAUGCCAUUUCGAAUUUAUUACUUGAACAAGAAAAUGAAAAUGAAGAAGUAAUGUCAUCUGCUAAAAAACGCAAGACCAAACUGCGAAGUAAAAAUGGAAGUGCUAAAGAUGUAGUAAGUUUUAUUCAGCCAAUGGAACAUUGUGCACCAACGCCAGUUAGACAAAAUAGACGUUUCCCAUUGCAUCCACCGCGAGUGAUUAAACGUGAGGAUAAUAUAAAGAUUGAACCGGAAUUGGGUCCGAAUGGUAUGGAGCGUCUUUAUUCGGCGACACAGACACGUGGGAAAAUCUAUUUGGUUCGUGAUUUGAAGAAAGUUAAUGCUGUUAAGAAAACUACCCCUACAACAAGCACAACCACAACAUCAACUACAACCGCAACAACAACCGCCGCUGCUGCAGAUACACCAACAUCAUCAACUGUCAUUUCAAAAUAUCCAAUAAUAUCUAGUUUUUACACAAAGAACUUAAACAAAAGCCUUAUGGUUCUUCCAAAAUAUGAACUUUUAAAAUUGGCUAGAGCUGGUGGUAAAUUGCAAAUAAACGGUUAUCAUCAUUUGGCCAAAAAUAAUACAACUGUAUGGCCAUAUCCGUGUUCGAGGCCAUUAUUUAAAACAUGCUGGUUAUAUAGGACUACGAAUUGUCCAACAAUAGCAGCAAUUGCAUUACAAUUAAGAAUAUUAUAUUGUUGUUUGAGAUGGGAUGAUAUGAUUGCAAAACCGCCUUCGCUGGAUGGAAAACAUCAAAUAACAACUGACACGGAAAUUGUCACUCAAGAAUUAUUGAAACUUAAGCACUAUGGUAAAUGUAAUGAGAAAACUCAGUAUUUAAGGAGGAAGGUUGUUAUUCCGUUGGAAUUGCCGAAAACUAUUCGAGAGGUUACAUCUAUUCGAUCUGGUUUGCGCAAGAGAAAACGUGCCGAAUCUCCCCAACAAACUGAACCCCAAGUUUCCGAAGAAUGGGUCGAUGAAGAUAAACUUGAACUAUGGGAAAUCAAACUAUUUGGCGAGAAACAAGAAAAAAUACGCUCAUCAAUGAUAAGCAGAAGUGCUCAUUUGAAACAACUCGAAAGUGCAUCUUCCAGUAGUACAUCGAGUAGUUCUUCUAACACAAAUAAUUCAACUGUUUCCAAAACACCAACAUCCAAAUUCUCAAGUGAUGAGAUGAAAGAUAAAAUGGAACAACAAUUAAAGCUGCAGCGGGCUGUGCAUCAGCAGAAAAAAUCGGCAGAAAAUAAACAAGCUAUUGCUAAGGCAAGUCCAGCUCAACCUAAUCGAAGGGUUAUUGUUAGAAAUCCUGAUGGAACUACAAGAGUUAUACACCAAACUGUAGUUACACCAUCAACACAGACUGUCAAGACAUCAAACAACAAUGUUAUAAACAAAACAACUGCAGAAACAGCAACCGCGACAACUACGACAACAACCACUGAAACACCUGCACCAGCACCACAACAACAACAACAACCUACCCAGCAUAAGGUGCAAAUAAUUCGUGGUCCUGAUGGUAAAGUAAGUGUGCGUGGCUUAAGUCCUGGACAGCAGCUUAUACAAAUGCCUGAUGGCAAAUUACAUGUCCUAACAACAACACCAGUGAACGCUAAUAAAACUACAGCUGUAGUUAAAACCUCGGCGGUGGCGAAUAAUAAAGCAACUCAUAAUCCAGUUCUUCCUACGACUACAACAGUUAAGCAAUUAGCUGUGAAGCAAGUAGUGAAGCAGCAACAAGUCGUCCAACAAACAAAUGUUGUAAAACAAAUAGUCAAUCGGGAAAUUCAACAAAAGGUAACAACAAAUACUAUUGCAUCUACAUCGCAGGCCGUUAAAAAUGGUUCACAGGUUCCUGUCACCCAAACUGUGCACAAAGUUCUAACAACUGGCGGACAAAUUGUGCAAGCAACACCGGUCAAAAAGCCUACAAACCUACAGCAACUGAUUGUUCAACCAGGCCAGAAACUUUUAGUUGGUCAAAAUGCUCAGGGCCAAAAAGUUUUAAUAUCUUCACCUACACAACAAAAUAUACAACCUGCUCCAACACAAACUAUACAAACUGUUACACAAGCGGCUCCGCAUCAAGUGGUAUUGAACUCACAACCGACUCAAAAGGUUAUUCAACAGAUUGUCAAUACGAGUAAUGUUCAGCAACAAAUUAUGGUUGGUGGCCAGAGAAUAAUACUUAGUCCGGGUCAAACGAUUGUUACCCAAAGAUCAGUACCGCAAUCGUCACCGGUGCAAGUUUUACAGCAGCAAAUAAUACAACCAGCUCAGCAACAGCAGCAAAUACAGCAACAACAACAAAUGGUUAUUCAUACACAAUCGCCACAACAAGUUGAAACAAGAACGCAAGUUGUUCCUAAGUUGAAAGUACAGAAUCAAGUACAAACUAUAAGUCAACAAAUUCAACAACAACAACAGCAGCAACAAUUACAACAACAGCAAUUGCAACAACAGCAGCAACAACAACAACUGCAGCAACAACAACAGCAGCAACAACAACAACAACAACUGCAGCAGCAACAACAACAGCAACAGCAGCAACAACAACAACAACAGAGUGUUGAAUCCAAUACAGUAUCAUCACAACAACAACUCGUGGUGCAAAAUUCAGCCUUGGCCCAACAAUUGGCCCAAGGUAAACUUCAAGUGGCUAACGUUAAUGGUCAACAAGUCGUAAUUAAGCCGUUGGGCAAUAAUCAAGCACAAAUUGUCGCACAUAUCAAAACUCAAAGCGACGGAACUGCCCACAUUGUAUCGAGUAUGUUAUUAAAUGAUAAUCUAAAAGAAUCACCACCUGCAGCUGUUAAUAAACAAAAUACUACCGUAGUUCAGCAGCAGAUGAAAUCUCCUACAACAACAAUGAGCGAUCACAUAACCAAAGAUAAUAAAAUGGCAACAAGUGAUCAUAAUAACAUGUAUUCAGCGCAACAAGAAGAACCACAACAGCAACAACAACAACAACAGCAGCAGCAACAACAGCAAGAGCCAACUUGUACAACAAUCGAACAGAGACUUUUGCAAGGACAACCGCCUGGAACCGUACUUAAAUGUGUGACAGCGCAGGUUAUACAGACUGAACAUGGACCGAGAAUUGUUUUGCAAGGAUUGAUUGGAAAUGACUUUACGCCACAACAACUUGCACUGGUUCAACAGCAGGUCAAACAACAGUUAUUAAAAGCUCAAGAAUCCAGUGGCAAACAGGGUGUAUUAGGGCCAACGAAAAUCUAUAUAGCUGUUCAGCCAUCCACUACUGUAAUCCAACAAAAUUCACAUUCCCAGCCCUCGCCAUUAGUAUCUGUGCAACAAAACCAACAAGUCCAGCAUGACCGUAUUGAAUCCAUUGAAAGGAAUUCAAGUGAAGGCUUUGCUCAAAUUAAAAAGGAAAGUAAUGAAAAUAAAACCGAAAUAUACCCAAAUCAAAUCGAGACAAAACAAAACAAAAUUAUAACACCAGGAAAAAUACAAAAAGAUGUAGUAAAAAUUGUGUCAAGCUUAAACCUGGAUAAUAAUCAAUCAUUUGUUAUAACUCCUGAUUAUAUACAACAAACAAUAAAAAAUGCGCUCAAACAAGAAAAUCUCAACCCAGAAAUAGAAGAAAAACUAAUAAACCUGCAACGAUACCAGGAACGCCAAAUGAAAUCAGAUCAUCCACAAGCAACAACUACAACAACAACAACAACCAACAACAACAAUACAAAUUUGAUUUCGAAUGUAAAUAUUUUUUCAUCACCACAAGUGAUACAACAUACACCUAGAAAGCGAAACAACAGUAGCAGAAUUAAUAAAGAUGAAGAUGCAGAAGUAGUAUCGGCCAAAUCGAAGAAUUUAUGUUUGUCUUUCGGUGCAUUUGCGGCAGCAGGAAAAGCAGAAAAUAAUAAUAAUUCUUCAAAUGAAAAUAAAGGCAAACAUGACAAUGAUAAAAAGAAAACAGCUGCACAACUUAAUCGAUUACAUCGACAUAAAGAAUUAUUGAAAAAAGAUAUAUUAAAAAAGCGGGCAAUUCUAGAAAGAGUAUUACACAUUGAAAUUCAGCGAGAAAUUGCAUCUGCGAUGCCAGAACUUCAAGAAAAUGAAGCAAGAAGUUUAAAUAAUUUCAAAUCAGGAUCAGAUGAACAAUCACCACGUGAUAAUAAUGAAGAGAUUCAAACAUCAAAUAAACAAAAGAAAGGUUCAAAGUUCCCGGGAAUGUCGAAAAAACGUGAAAAAUUGUAUUGUAUUUGCAAGACACCUUAUGAUGAUACCAAAUUUUACGUUGGUUGUGAUCUAUGUAGCAAUUGGUUUCAUGGUGAAUGUGUUGACAUAACCGAGGAAGCUUCGAAAAAAUUAUCUGAAUUUAUUUGUGAAGAAUGUCGUCGUGCUAGAGACACUCAAGAAUUAUAUUGCUCAUGCAAACAGCCAUAUGACGAAUCACAGUUUUACAUUUGCUGUGAUAAAUGCCAGGACUGGUUCCAUGGCCGUUGCGUUGGUAUUGUUCAAAGUGAAGCUGAAUUUAUCGAUGAAUACAUAUGCCCUGAUUGUCAACGUAACAAUGACAUCAAUAUGGCAAACAUGAAAAGCCUUACCACUAAUGAAUUUGAAGAAUUAAAAAAACUUAUGAAGCAAAUGCAGAAUCACAAAAAUGCGUGGCCUUUUAUGGAACCGGUAGAUCCGGAAGAAGCCCCGGACUAUUAUAAAGUUAUUAAAGAGCCAAUGGAUUUAAAAAAAAUCGAAAAGAAAAUUAACGCUCAGAUAUAUACAAAACUAUCUGAGUUCAUUGGAGAUAUGACAAAAAUAUUUGAUAACUGCCGCUAUUACAAUCCUAAAGAAUCUGCAUUUUAUAAAUGUGCGGAAAGCGUUGAAGGAUAUUUUGUUCAAAAAAUUAAAAACUUUCGAGAAACCGUGGCAAGUAGUGCUUCAUGCAAUGUGAAAUAAUAUUAAUUAAUAAUAAUAAUAUAAUUAAUAUAAUAUAUUUGUAUUUAUAAAUUUAAUAAUAUUAUAUAAUUAAUUAAUUAAUUAAUCAAAUAAUUCGUUAAUUCGUGUAAAUUUUGCUAUUCAUUUUUAAGUAUUUUAAGUAAAUAAGUGAAAUGUGUAGUAAAGUAAUAAGUUUUAAGCUU